UCUGCGUGUGUAUUUGUGUCUUAAUAAUCUCUUGUCCGAAAACAGAUCUUCGUUUCCUACAAAUCACUCUCCUUCUCCUCCUACCAUUCUUACGUUACUGGAGCUGAUCUUAAAGAUUUCGGAUCGUAUUCAUGGAUGGAGAAGGUUUCGCCGGAAAGGCGGCUGCUGAAGCCAAAGGAUUGAACCCGGGACUAAUCGUGCUGCUUGUUGUCGGAGGUCCGCUUGUUGUGUUCCUUGUCGCCAACUACGUGAUGUACGUGUAUGCUCAGAAGAACCUACCCCCGAGGAAGAAGAAGCCAGUUUCUAAGAAGAAGCUCAAGCGGGAGAAGCUGAAGCAAGGGGUCCCUGUGCCUGGAGAAUAAAUACCCACCUUAGCUUUAACUCUGUGCCUUGUUCAAAUCUGGAUAAAGGUUAUAAUUGUCAUCAAAUUUCACACCUUUUUGUUUGUUUGUUUUCGUAACAUUUUGCUUCCUUUACUUGUGUCAUGAGUUCUGUAUGAUUUCACAUGGGACAGCAUUAAUGUUUAGUUUUGCCUUCACAUA